AUGAAGCUGCAAAAGUGCACAGUGGAUUUGUGGCAGGACUCCAAGUGGAAGAGCAACGAGCACAAAUGUAAGCAAUGUCGUCAAUGGGAGUCCGAGGGAGAAUGGUUUGGGCGCGCGUUUUAUUGCACUCGCUGCUGCGCAAAAGUCGCGGAGCAGAGCCACAAGGACAACUACCACGAGGAUGCCGGCCAGAGCAGCGAGCCCUGGCUUGCGUCAUACAAGGAGAAGUGGAAGCACCUUGUGGAGAUGGAGUGGCAGGAGGAGAUGCGGGUGGUGGACGACCGGCUCAGAAACUGGCCGGUGGCACGGCUGGUGGGCCAAGGCUUCUGUAUAACGGACCUAGAGGCUCGAAAGCGAGGCACCUUCUUCGGGAAGGCGAAGAUCGUCUUCUCCAAGGCGUCCCUGCCGAGGCACCACUUCUCCUCGGGCGACGAGGUCAUCGUCUCGCGUGGGAAUCCCUUGGACGAGAAGGUGGCAUGGAAGGGUGAGAUUCUGGAGCUUGGCAUGAAUCGCCUUGCAAUCGUGUCAGACAAGCCGCCCUGGGAGCUGACGAGCGGCCGCUGGAGAUUAGAUCGCGGCGCCAACAAGACGGCCUACGAAAGGACAAAGUCUGCCUUGGGGUACGUCACUGGUACAAAGUUCCGCGCACCUGCCAUGAGAAAGCUGGUCUUGAACGAGGAAGGCACUGGCCUUCACAAGGGCGUCCCUGCCGAGUCUGACGACGACGAGGAUGCAUGGCUCUCCUUGGACGCCUCGCAACGCGCCGCCGCACGUCAAGCGGUUGAGGCUCCUCUGAGCCUGAUUCAAGGGCCGCCUGGCACAGGCAAGACGACGACCACAUGUCACCUUAUACGCCGGCUCGUGGAGAAGCGUGGGAAGGACAGCCGUGGCUGCAGCAUCCUAGUUGCUGCCGACAGCAAUGUAGCUGUGGAUCAGCUGCUGGCUGGAUUAAUCCGUCUGGGGGUGAAGGCACUUCGCAUUGGCUUCCCAUCGAAAGUGAGCCAGGAGCUGCGCGCGCACACCCUUCUGGCCCAGGCGGAGGAGCACCCGCUGAACUCGAAGAUCGAAGAGACGCGGGAAGCUUUGUCCAAAGUCAAAGAUGCGUUGUACUCAGGCGCGCUCAAAGGAAAAGGAAAGGGCCUGGCUCACCGUGACAUCUCCUUGCACGUGCGCGACCUCCAAAAGUAUGAGCAGGAGGUGACUGACGACCUUAUCGCCAAUGCAGAGGUCAUUUGCGCUACCCUUGUUGGCUGCGGCUGCGAUGCCUUGCUGCGGAGCGAUUUUCAUACAGUGGUCAUCGACGAGGCAUCCCAGGCCACCGAGCCACGCUGUCUUAUCGCCUUCCAGAAGGCGCGGGCCCAGCUCCUCAUGGUCGGCGACCAGCAGCAGCUGCCACCAGUGGUCCUAUGCCAAGCUGCGGAAGAGAAGGGACUGCGAUGCUCGCUGUUCGACCGGCUGCUGAACUCGCCCACACUCUUCAACCAGGAGAUAAGCAUGCUCCAGGUGCAAUACCGAAUGCAUCCUCUGAUCCGUGAGUGGCCGAGCUCGCAGUUCUACAGCGACAGGCUACAGGAUGGCUUGCCCAUAAGCACCUUCGCAUCGUGUGUCAUGACCCAGCCCUUCCUCUCCAAGUCAUCUCCACACCACAAGGCGCCGAUCAUGUUCCUCGAUACCUCCGAAGGUUGCAAGCAGACCGUGAUGACAUUUUUGCAGAAUUUCGGCGGGCGCACGGGCAUGUCCAACACGGAGAGCCAGAACAGCGAUGGGAGCAAGUACAACCUGCUGGAGGUGGAGCUGGUGAAAACUGUGCUGAGGAAGUUGCUUGAGGCCGGCGAAGAAGAUGUUGGAGUGAUUUCGCCCUAUGCAGCUCAGGUGGCGCAGAUCAAGUCUGCCAUGGAGGCGGAGAAGAUGCUCUUCCAGGACCCUGACGCGAGAGUGGACGCUGCGCGCUUCCCGGAAGUCAAGACUGUGGAUGGCUACCAAGGCCGUGAGAAGGAGGUUAUCAUCCUCUCUUGCGUUCGAACACAAGGCUUGGGCUUCCUGUCCGACCGCCGGCGGCUCAACGUGGGCAUCACGCGGGCGAAGUCCCUCCUGGUGAUCAUAGGCUGUGCGGAGCUCCUGCAGACCGACCCAGUGUGGCGCUCGUACAUCCAUUUUCUGGAUCGAUUUCGGUGGACUCCCUGA